AUGUCGAUUUCUUCUCUGGAUGAGGAAUCGAAAUCAAAAAGAGAUUAUUUUACACCAACAAUAGCAUCGAAAUAUGUCAAUACACUCUUCAAUUCCCCGUCUUACAAUGAAUGGACAUCAUCUAUAAUUUUUAAUGCGUUAGAGUUGCAACCUGGUCAUGUUUUAGUGGAUAUGGGUUGUGGUCCAGGUACUGAUUCGCUACUAAUCUUGAAGAAGAUGAAAAAUCAAAUACGUGUCAUAGGAGUAGAUUCUUCACAGGGUAUGUUGGAUAUUUUUCGAAAAGAACCGAAUGUUGAAACGGUAUGUAUGGAUGCUGUUACAUUCAGUCGGUCGACUCAAUAUCCAUCAUACGAUCGGAUCUUUUUGAAAUCGGUAGUUCAUUUGUUAACAUUUGAACAACGUUCGAAUGCUUUCAAAGGUUUCUAUCAACAACUUAAGCCUAAACAUGGCCGGCUGUUGAUUAUUCGUGGUCCAGUUGGUGAAAAGCUCUUUCCAUUUGAUGAACGAACGGAAAAUUUAUUUCAAAAAGGAAAUAAUCUUGUGACUUUAUUCGAUGAAUUACAACAAGCCGGCUUCAAACGAAUUGAACAAGAAACAUUUACAUUCGAAUAUCCUCCGAAUAGUAUCACAGCCGAAGACUGGAUAUAUCUCAUCGAAAAUCGACUGUGGACACUAUUUUCUCGAGAGAAUAUGAAUGACGAACAGAUGAAUCAUCUAAUUGACUACGUCAACCAACAAUUUCAACGUCCAAAUGGUUUCCAAACAAUCGAUAAACAAACGAUCAUCAAAUGUUAUGUAGACUAA